ACCAUGAGCGUCCCGGAUAGCUUCCGUCUUCCCAAGUUCUGCAGAGACGAGGGAUUUGGGUGUCGGUUCGCCCCUCGCCCUCCGUUGCCUUUCGCCCCCGGGAGCGCGGUACAAGGGCCGCUAUGAGUAGCAGCCAGCAACGCACCCACUUCAAGCAACGCGAUUUACAAGUAGAUAAUGGCAAACUCCCGAAGAUCUCUUGUGUUCCAAAAUGGAAACAUACCACUUUUCAGCCAAUCCCAAAAGAAAGAAAAUUGCCAUUCCUGACACCUGAUAAUAAAUUCCCGGAUCGUAAAGGAAAAUUAUUUGAAAGUGAACCAUUUAUGGAUAGUUGGAAAAAUGCGGUUUUAAAGACAAAAAGAAUUAAACAAGCAGAGUAUGCUUCUGCAUAUGGCUUGAGUGAUUCCAAUGAAAAUACUGCAAUGCAGUGUCUUUCUCAGAGUACGGAAGAAUAUCCUGCAAUACCAAACUCCCUUCCUGUUAUACAAAAGACACAAAGUUGUGCUGAUCAAUUUCCAAGCAGCUCUGAUAGUAAUGAAGAUUCCAGAUUGCCACCUUUAUAUUUGCUUCCAACUACUCUUUCCCAAAGUUUUUUUGAAGGCUACUACAAAAGCAGGGGAGACAUUGCCAUGGGACAUCCAACCAAAAAAGAGGUGCCUUGCAUAUCAGCACCUCUGAAGAACUCUGAACCACACUGUCAAGCUGGAGCGUUGGAUGCUGUGAGGUUGAAGAAACUCAAUAGGUGUUCCAGACUGGCUUCAUUUCCAGGAAGGGUCAAGUACAGGACUGGUUACCAAUUUGCUGAUCCUGUCAGUGGAGCCACAUCUCAGUUCCUUCAGAGGCUUGCUGAAUUAGCUGCUCUUGAAUGCACAACCAUUCAUGAGGAGAAAACCAAAAAAAUAAGGAAGACUAAGAAACAAGAGACAUAGAACUAGAUUGUGCAAGGAGCAGGCUCCUUUGCAAUUAGAUGUUUUUGAUCUCCUUUAACAUAUGUUGUGUUGAUCAGUGAAUCACAAUUAAUGUAAAAGAAAAAUUUGAUGUUUAAUAAAUAUAUUAUCAUGAUUACAUUGUCCAAACCAAAUUGUUUAAAAAUUGGUUACUCAAAAUGGAGGAAAAAACCCAACUUUCAACCACAUCUAAAUGCAUGCAUCCUUCUCUAAACUACAUUCAAAGCAUUUGUUUCAGAUUCCCAGCAAGCAUGAACUAGCCGUAAUACUGUGCAAACCUAGUCAUUGAAAUUAGUUAAGUAUGCAAAUUUAUUUUUAUUCCUGGAGACUGCCAAGGUUAGUUUUGUUUUGUUUCAGAAGUGUUUUUCCACUGUCUCCUUCCUAAGUGAAGUGAUUGGACCAAGGUGGCUUUGUGCUAAGGUGGAACUGUGUUUUGGCUUCCAACUUUAUGCCUUAACCACUACACCAAACUAGUUCUCUACUAAAUUAUAACUUUGGAUAGCAAGAUGGGCAGCAUAGAAAUUUAAUAAAUAAAACUUAUCUAUAGAUCGGUCUUGCCUGCAAUAAUGCAAAGAUCAUAAACCUAAUCAUAAAUCCAGAAUAUGCUGAAUAUGAGGAAUAGAUUUUCUUGUCCAUUUCCUGCAAUUAGUUGCUUCAGAUUUCUAAAUCCUGAACGCAUUUCUGAAGUAUUCCUAACCAUUCCAUUGCUAAUGGCUUUAUUCAUGCACACCACCACGGUUGAGCUUGCUAAAGCAGCCUAGGGAUAGAUACCAUAAACUACAAUGUGGUUUGAUUCUAAUUUACCAUGUCUGAAAUCAGCUGUUUAUUCAACAAGCCAUCAUUAAAAUAUGAAUAGUCAUUGUGAUUAUUUCAUUAAGAAUGCUAGGGUUUAAACUGAUUUGUUAGCAAAAGUAAUUAUAGAUUAGCACAUUUAUGAAAGCAUAGCACACAGGAAUGGGCAAUUGAUUUUCCCAACUGGCUCAAUGAGAAAAUGAGUGUUAUGGGGGACAAACCAAUAAGCUGAACUUAAUUCCAUUCAAUUGUAAAAUUACAAUUAUUUAUUCACAUUUAAUUUUUAAUUUACCUCAUGGGAGCCAGGUAGGGACAGCCAAAGGGCUGGAUGUGGUAUGCAAUCGAUUUCAUUUUACAAUGUUCUAUAUUUAAACAUUUAAUACAAAAGACCAUUCCUUUCCUUUCCUGCUCCACUGUGGAACUUUUUCCUUACCUCAUGUCCAAAUAUGGAAAAAAAAAUCCUGGUAUUCUUACUCACUUAAUAGCCCAAUGAUUGACAAGCAGUUUAAUCAGAAUUUAAUUAUACUGUACCAUGUUUUACU